UCAUAUCCUUAUUUGCUCUAUUUAGUCACUUACAAACAUCAAAACAAUAAUCCAAACAAAAAAUGGCAAAAAACAUGGAUCAAAACCAUGUUAUCACAAUAGAGGAAGAAGUGGAAAUCAUGAAGACCCAAAUGAAAAGUUCACCAAAAUUACUUCAGAAAUCAGCUGGCAAUAGUUCUUGUUGCAUAUUUAGAGUCCCCCAAAGUCUAGUUGAAAUCAACAAAGACGCAUAUCAACCUCGUAUUGUCUCCAUCGGCCCAUACCACCAUGGAAACAAGAAUCUUGAGAUGAUUCAAGAACAUAAAUGGAAGUACCUAGACGAUAUGAUCACAAGAACCGGUAAGUCACUUGGUGUAUUUAUGAAUAUCAUAGUGUCAAUGGAGAAUGAAAUUCGAGAAAGCUAUUCGGAGUCUACUAAUAGUUUUGGUACUAAUGAUCUUGCAAAAAUAAUGGUGCUUGAUGGGUUUUUCUUGAUUGAAUUGUUCCGAAAAGCUGGGAAGUUGGUUAACACUCAUCCAGAUGAUCCCAUCUUUAAAAUGGUAUGGGUUUCUCCGUUUUUGAUGAGAGAUCUUUUGAAGAUCGAGAACCAAAUCCCAUUUUUCGUUCUACAAAAGUUGUUUGAAGAGUCUAGGACCGAUUCUUGUACUCUUCAAUCUUUAAUCCUUAAGUUUUUUAAUCACGCGAUUGACAAGCAACCAAAUGUUUUACACAAGUAUGAGAAUCUUGAUGGAAAACAUUUACUUGAUUUUUUCCGAAAAAGUUUUAUAAACACUAAAGAUAGACACCACCUCAUUGUUAAUGCCAACAACCCUUCCCUUAAACUCAUCCAACCCGCUUCCAAGCUUGUUAACUCCGGGCUCAAGUUCAAGGCUAAUCAUCAAGCCGAUAGCUUCUUGGAUAUUAAAUUUCAAAACGGGCGGCUUUUAAUUCCUCAAAUCAAUAUGGAUGAUUUUCAUACUUCUUUUCUUCUAAACUGUAUGGCUUUCGAGCAAUGCUAUUUUAGUUGCACAAAAGACAUUACAACAUAUGUUAUGUUCAUGAGUUGCCUUAUGAAGGCCACGACGGAUGUGAAUUUUCUUUCGGAAAAAAAGAUUAUUGAGAAUUAUUGCGGUACGAGUGAAGAAAUUGUGAAGUUCUUCAAUGAUGUUGGAAAAGAUGUGGCUUUUGAUAUCAAGGAUAAUUACUUAAAAGGUUUGUUUGUGGAAGUAAACAAGUAUUGUGAGAAUGGGUUGCAUGUAACUUGGGCCGAGUUUAAGCAUAAGUAUUUUGGUAGCCCCUGGAUCACAAUAUCGGCAUUUUCAGCUUUUAUGUUGCUUUCACUUACAGUUCUCCAAACAUUUUACACCAUGUAUCCGUACCAUAAGAAAAAGGAUUGAGAUCAACGGUUGUUACAUAUUUAAUUAUCAUUUUGUAAUUAGGCUGUUUAGUUUGAGGGACUCUUGUAAUUUCUUGUAGUUGCUAAAUUUCAACCACAAAUUUCCAAUCUAAAUUGAUGUUCAAUUUCAA